CGCGGCAGCGGAUGUAGCAGCAGCAGCAGCAGCGGCAACAGUAACAGUUACAGUAACAGUACAUGGCAACCAUGUAGCUCCGCGAGCGACGACAUCUCUCCUCCCGACCAACUCGAGGUAUCACGUCCCCAUUUGAUUGUUUCGUCACUAAUGUCGCCAUGAAGAAACGCUGUGUCGGGAUGUGUCCAUGGCGAUAAGAGGAGGCGCGGACGGGAGCCAAGGGGCGACGGAGUCGACGGAGGAACCGAAGCUUGUGACAUAGAGGCACCACCUGCCCUCGACCGGACACUCGGAGGGGGGGAGGGGGGGCGGGACGCUCCUCGUCGUGCAUCGGCCUACACUGUCGCGGGGCUGAAGGAGACAACACGCCGCCGGGUCGCGGACCAGAGCCGCCGCCGCCGCCGCCGCCAUGGGGAACACGACCUCCUGCUGCGUGUCGUCCAGCCCCAAGCACCGGAGGAACAACCACUCGCGGCUGGAGUCGUACCGGCCCGAGCCGGAGCUGAGUCGCGAGGACACGGGCUGCAACCUGCAGCACAUCAGCGACAGGGAGAACCUGGACGAUCUGCCCAUGGAGUAUAACCCCUCGGAUCACCCCCGGGCCAGUACCAUCUUCCUCAGCAAGUCACAAACCGACGUUGCUGUGCCCAACCGAAGAGUUCGGGAAAAACGGAAGAGCCUUUACAUCAACCAUCAUCAUCCAGGCCCGGUGAGACGGAAGUACAGCUCGUGUUCCACCAUAUUCCUGGAUGACAGCACCGUCAGUCAGCCCAACCUCAAAUACACCAUCAAAUGCGUAUCCCUCGCAAUAUACUACCACAUAAAGAACAGAGAUGUCGACGGAAGAAUGGUGUUAGACAUUUUGGAUGAGAAACUGCAUCCGCUCACCAAGUCCGAGGUCCCUGCCGAUUAUGAAAAACACGACCCGGAGCAGAAGCAGAUCUACCGCUUCGUCCGGAUGCUGUUCAGCGCCGCACAACUCACCGCUGAGUGUGCGAUUGUCACAUUGGUGUACGUGGAGAGGCUCCUGACCUACGCUGAGAUCGACAUUUGUCCUGCCAACUGGAAGCGCAUCGUGUUAGGAGCCAUCCUCCUGGCAUCCAAGGUGUGGGACGACCAGGCUGUCUGGAACGUCGACUACUGCCAAAUUCUCAAGGAUAUCACCGUGGAGGACAUGAAUGAGCUGGAGCGUCAGUUCCUGGAGCUGCUGCAGUUCAACAUCAACGUGCCGUCCAGCGUCUACGCCAAGUAUUACUUCGACCUGCGCUCCAUGGCUGAGGCCAACAACCUCUGUUUCCCCCUGGAACCCCUCAGCAGGGACAAGGCCCAGAAGCUGGAGGCCAUCUCACGGUUGUGUGACGACAAAUACAAGGACUUGAAGAAACAAGCCAAGAAGCGGUCAGUGAGCGCAGACAACCUGUUGGUGGUGCGGUGGUGUCCAGCCAUCCUCUCCUAACACUGGCUGCCAGCAGCAUGCAGCAGAGGAACACAUAGACCUGUCAGACAUUCUCUAUCUCUGCCUGGGAAGCAGGCGAACCAGGUGGGCAGCGGUCCUGUGGAUCAGUGGGUCUGUCUGGAAUUCACACACACAAACACACGCACACACACACACACACACACACACACACGCACACACAGACACAAUCUGGCUCUUUUACCAGUGAGAUUGCACCCUCCCUGGGUCCUUGUACAUAAAACAAGUCCCACUGGCGUCCUGCACUGAGCCAAACGGAGCGGAGCUGAACCAAACCGAUGUGUGGUUGAAAGUUGUGACAAUGAAGUGGCCUUGGCUGCAGAAGAAAAAAAAAGAAGAGGCCAAAUGGAAAUACAGCUGGCAAUAUAAGCGAGUGUGUGAAGUUGGGAAAAGAAAAAAGGAACAAGUUUGAUGCGAAAUACAACUCAUGACAGCGGCAACAGCGUUUCAUAAUUCCCUUUGAGGCUUAACUGGCGUGUAUGGUUGAUUGACGGAGGCCAUGAACAUUCCCUUUGAUUUUAACAUUUCAGUGCAGUCUGUUUCUUGAAGCGUGACAUCAUUUUUUUUGACCGCAUUCGGGCACAUCUAAAAUCUUAAAUGCUUAAUUCUUCAAUUUAUCUUAGUGUUUUGUUGUUCUUAUUCCGCUCAUUUGCAUUCCCAUCCAGCAGAGAACUCAAACGUACACAAAGGAGGGACAUGUACAUUCCACUGUUAACUUUUGUGUACAGUUAAUACCUUUGAUGGACUACAUAUCAUCAGCCCUCCUUGAUAUCAUAUGCCAUUUGCACCGUAGCCAUUCAACUGAAGCUCUCAUGCAGGGAGCGAACGUUGGACGCAAUUCCGUGUUUAGCUCAAGGGGCGCUUUGACAGGACCUGACAAUUCAACUUCACAAAUCCAGUUGCAGAAGGGUUUCGUCUCAUAGCACAGCCACCAUUAAGAUACAGCCUAAAGCAAUAUUCAUGCAUCACCUUAUUGUUGCUAUUAAAUACAAUAAAGUAUGUGUACUUGGGAGAAGACUGACUGGAAGACGGGGGUCCAUUACUCCGAGACAGAUGUGAGACAUACUGUAGAGCUUCUGUUGUACUUUAUUCACUGCCAUUGUCCUGACCUAGGUGCCUGUAAUAAGCUAAUUUAACAAUUCUCCCCUUUCUAGCGGAGGAAAAGAACAAAUAACUGAAGUAUUUUUUCCUUUAACAUUUUGUAUGGUUCUUCCAGCUUACAAACAAACAGCACAAAUCGAAUAAGGACAUUUAGAAGCCACUCAAAGCAUGAUUCUUCGGGGGCUGUUUUUGUUGACGUUCUUCUGGAGGGGACCCAAAUGAAUGACAAUGUAUGUGUGACAAUUCAGACACUGCUUACACAAAGAUAGAUUGUAAAAAAAAAAAAAAAAUGUCCUAAUUGUCUCUGUACAGUGUAAAUACAGUGCCAGUGUGCAAAUCUGUAGACUGGAGUCGUAAUGUAAAGACCAACGCAGAACCCCACCAAGAAAGAUGUUAGAGUAUUUAUAUUGGAUCAGUUUUUACUGUACAUGAUGGGGACCGUAACUAGAAGAAGUAUUAAGAUUUAAAUGGGAGACACCACUGAAUACUUAUGUCGGUUUUCUUGUUUUGAUGUUUUCGCACUGCAAAAAAUGCCAUUAUUAUGUGUCACUUGCUGUAUUUGGUAUCUAGAGAUAAUACAGGACAAAUCAGGCAAAUUUUAUUGUGUUGUCAUUUCUUUAAAUGCCCCAGUGUGUAAACAUUGCCAGAUACAUUUUCCAGAUUCAUUCCUAAAAAAAUUUGACUAAUUACAUCAAUAUUGUUAGUUAAAUAAAAUAAAGUAAAAAGUUAUACAAAGCUUUUAUUUUCUUUAAAACAUCUAAUAUAACAACUAAUCACCUGCUGCUGUUUUUUUUAUGUAACACCAAUCAGUCGAUUCAGAAAAUAUAUUUGACUUUUCUUUACCUUAAGAUCAUUUCGUUUUUCAUAAGCUCCUUCAUUUUUCAACUUAUUGGAUCAUGGUACAGAUGAAAUUGUUAAUCCUCUUCCUGGUUCUGUUUUCCCACUGAAAAUGUGGUAAAAAUGCAUCAGCUGCAAAGGUGAAAGUAUUUUCGCGUUUACUUGCCAGCUAAUAAUGUUUAGCUACUGUGACAUGAGUUUGUACAGUGAUGCUAUAGCUGUAUGCAAUUCAGUGUAUGGACAGUUCAUAUUAUUGGCACUGGCGUGUGUAUUUUUAUCACCAAAGUAAGCCUUAGCUGGCUGAGCUGAAAAGGCUCACGCUCUGUGUGAUCACCUACCAGCGUUUACAGUUAAGUUGGCUAGCCACACAGUCCUAGACAUACAUUCAAAUAUAAGAAUUAGGACUUUUGAAAACUAUUGUGAUUAUGAUAUAUUCUUAUUAAAGGUAAAUGAUUAUGUUGUUCGAAGGUUCAAUAUUAAAACAAAAUAAAAAACGGAGUUGAAAGAAGAAAAAAAAAAAGCAUGCCGAAGAACUGUAGAGUAAGGGUAAGUAAAUAUUUAUUUAUUUAUUUCAUCAACUGAUUGGUGGUUCAAGUAAAAGCAAAAGCAAAUUCUUCUUCUUUUACCAACUAAUUGGAAGUUAAAGGAAAAGAAAGUUUCAGUCGAUGAUUUCAUUAUUUGACAAUAUUAUCUACUUAUGAGUUAACUGUGACUUGUUUGAUGACCUCUACCAACAGUUUGUCAGUUUUGGGGCUCCCCAGGUUUUUACUGGAAAUAACAAUCCCAACCUUAUUUGCUCUUUUCAUCAUCAGAAAUAGGAAAAUGUAGCAGCAAUGUAGUAGAGGGUAAAAUCUCUUUGAGUUGAAUUGGUUUAUUUCAUUUCAGUUUCACGAGGAUAUGGGUCAAGUAAAGUGUCAACUCAUUUUUUUAAUAUAUGAACUUCAUAACAGUGGUUGUUUGCCUUAUGAUCAGCAGAACUCACAUUCUUCUCCACUUCAUCACUGUAGGCUACAAAAAAUACCGUGACACAACCUGGAAAUCUCAAAAAACAUUUUUGAAUGCAUCUUUCUUUUAUAAAACAAAAAGGUGUCAUUCAAGUUGGUACACGAGCGUAACCUCCUUCGUGCCUGGAGGUCGAUCGUGUUCCACGAGUUGCUAUGAUACGGAACCAUUUGCACAUAAAGUAUACAAAAAAAGGGAUCGGGGUCUUGGAAAGAGAGCUGUCGUUUUGCAUGGUGCUUUGAGUGAGUGGGAACUAAAGUACAGAUCAUUUCUUUUAGGAAAGUGACGUUACUGGAGUUGCUGUUGUGAGUUCAAACUGUUAGAGGUAUUCGAGGAUUGUAUAUCCCUAUUUAUUGUACGUUUGUGUGCAUACAGCCCAGUGUAGCGUUGAUGCCUAUGGUGAGUCCCGAGAUGGAAAAAUCCCAACAGCAAAGACCAUGGGUCUGUGGCGUCCAGUCGGCUGGUUACUAGGUGUGUGUCAUAGCCUUGUGCACUGAACUCUACCUCUGCUUAGAGUUUUACCUUCCUCUUGGUUUUUCUUCCCCUUUUCAGUGGCAACAUUUGGACUCUAGAAAUUCAGCCCUGAUCGGGACGAUUUCCCGAGCUAGCCUCAGUCAACUGCUGGAGCUGUGACCUUUUUUUUGUUUUGGUUCAUGUUUCAUUGGUAUUUUCAACAAGUUGUACUGUACUCUGUUGUUAUUGUCAGUGUACUAAUUCCCGUCUCGUGAGUCAGUCAUUUGUUCCUCUUCUCAGUUUUGCCAAAAUCAGAUCUCUCUCUCCUCUAUUUUCUUCUUUUUCUCUGAAAGUUUUCUCCUAUGAUUUACAGAACUGCUCCCAUUUUUUUCUCUUCUGAAGCAAUGUUUAGAAAAACGUGUGCAAGAAUUAAACUUUACAGCCUUGCAAUAAA